AUGGAGAUCAUUGAUAUCAUAUCCUAUCCUUCAAUAGUUGCAACUUGUGAUGCUCUGGUGGGACUUUUUGCUAAUGGAGAAUGGAAAAGUUUAAGUAAGGAGAUGGAAUUGUAUGAACUUGGGAAGGUGGCCUAUGUGAUGACCAUUGUUUGGGCUACCAUAGCUUGGCAAGUUUUUUCUGUUGGCCUUGUUGGAUUGAUCUUUGAGGUGUCUUCUCUCUUUUGCAAUUCCAUAAGUAUUUUAGGCUUCCCUAUUUUUCCAGUUUUGGGUGUGGUAUUUUUCCAUGACAAAAUAGAUGGAGUGAAGGUGAUCUCCAUGGUGUUGGCUAUUUGGGGCAUUGUUUCUUAUGUCUAUCAGCAAUAUCUGGAUGAAUCUAAGCCUAAGAAUGAUUCCAGAAUUGCUAAUUAA